AUGGUGCUAGUAGCGGAUACGGGUCAGGAAUGUAUUGAUCCUGAUACUCCGGAUACGACUAAAUUCACCCGCCCCCCAAUUGAAAUAAGAGCGAUCCUAGUCAGAUGCCUAUCGCGAAGCAAUGUUUACAAGAAUGUUGGAUCUGACAAAGACCAUAUAGCUAACAGCAGGAAUCGGGAAGUGCUUCAGUUUUAUGGGUUUGAUGAAGAUGAACCCAUGCUCCAUUCUGAAGUAACCAAAUGUAAAAAGAAGUUACAGAUUUCAAUCCUGUUAAACUAUGACGGCGAAGUAUGGAACGAAGCCGACUAUUUGAUUAUAAAUACAGCUUAUGACCCUAUUGCGAAAGAACGAGUUCGGCUAUUACACCCCGUAGUCCUGAAGUUAAAACAGGAUCCAGUUGGACAGGCUUAUCAAAUGGUCAUAGAUCAUAUUGUAAAUGCGAAGGCCUAUGAAGAAAUAAUAAGUAAGGCUAAUUGCCCGCAUUUUGAAGGAUGUGAUGUGUCAGAUAAUCCAACAUGUGGCAGAGCUUACUACAAUGGCAAACCUAUACCUUACAGUGAGGGGUUCUGUUGUUCUUGCGACGAAGCAGUGAAUACCAAAAGGCAACCAGUAAGGUUUAGGAGUAUCGCACCGAAAGCAGAGAUUUCGUCUUUGUCAAUGGCAGGACUAAUGCCGCAGUCAAGAAACCCACACAAACGACGGAAGAGACCCAAGAAAUCAAUUCCAGAAGGAGAAAAUUCAUAUAAGUCGGAACUCAAAGUAUCAUCAGUCAAGAACAAUGUCAUAUCGCAGGUAGGCCUAAAUGAUUCAGCAUCCGUAAAAAUGGCAAGAAACAUCUCCAUAACUAAUGGAACUAAUGUAAAUGCUACGUCGCCGAUAAAUGUAGCAGUUGAUAAUAAAAAUGAAGUUACCAAGACAAAUAAAGAAAUAUAUUUCAAUUACCCCGAUAAAGGUGACAAACAUUGUAAAUUAAACUCGUCGGUGGCCUACGCAAACAGUACUAAUGAUACAAUAACGAUUGAAAUGGAACACGGAAUUAUCAAUGAUCCAUCCGUGCCAAUUAUUUCAUUUGUGAGUGAUCGAGAUUCUUUAAUACGUCUACAGGAUGAAGUAGAAAGGAAACUCAACGAAACACGUACUGUGCUAAAAGAGCCUAGUCGAGUAAGGAACAAGCGUAAGGGUGACGAGAACCCAGAUUUCCUGUUAAUCGCAGCAGUUGAUAAUAAAAAUGAAGUCAACAAGACAAAUAAAGAAAUAUAUUUGAAUUUCCCCGAUAAAGGUGACAAACAUCGUAAAUUAAACUCGUCGGUGGCCCACGCAAACGGUACUAAUGAUACAAUAACGAUUGAAAUGGAACACGGAAUUAUCAAUGAUCCAUCCGUGCCAAUAAUUUUAUUUGCGAAUGAUCGAGAUUCUUUAAUUCGUCUUCAGUAUGCAUUAGAAAGGAGACUCAACGAAACACGUACUGUGCUAAAAGAGCCUAGUCGAGUAAGGAACAAGCGUAAGGGUGACGAGAACCCGGAUUUCCUGUUAAUCGCAGCAGUUGAUAAUAAAAAUGAAGUCAACAAGACAAAUAAAGAAAUAUAUUUGAAUUCCCCCGAUAAAGGUGACAAACAUCGUAAAUUAAACUCGUCGGUGGCCCAAGCAAACAGUACUAAUGAUACAAUAACGAUUGAAAUGGAACACGGAAUUAUCAAUGAUCCAUCCGUGCCAAUAAUUUUAUUUGCGAAUGAUCGAGAUUCUUUAAUUCGUCUUCAGGAUGCAUUAGAAAGGAGACUCAACGAAACACGUACUGUGCUAAAAGAGCCUAGUCGAGUAAGGAACAAGCGUAAGGGUGACGAGAACCCAGAUUUCCUGUUAAUCGCAGCAGUUGAUAAUAAAAAUGAAGUCAACAAGACAAAUAAAGAAAUAUAUUUGAACUCCCAGGAUAAAGGUGACAAACAUCGUAAAUUAAACUCGUCGGUGGCCCAAGCAAACAGUACUAAUGAUACAAUAACGAUUGAAAUGGAACACGGAAUUAUCAAUGAUCCAUCCGUGCCAAUAAUUUUAUUUGCGAAUGAUCGAGAUUCUUUAAUUCGUCUUCAGGAUGCAUUAGAAAGGAAACUCAACGAAACACGUACUGUGUUAAAUGAGCCCAGUCGAGUAAGGAACAAGCGUAAGGGUGACGAGAACCCAGAAGAAAAAUCGCAUCACCUGAUGUAUGAAAAUGUUUCGAAAACGGAAGUAAUAGAAAACGCGAUUGACCGUGAAUUUCCUAUUCAACCUGAAAAAUAUUAUAUUUUCCCACCAUUUUAUUGUCCAAAGGGUUUUUCAUUAGAUGAAGCCAGGGGUUCUCUCAAAUUAAAUCCAUGGAACGGAUAUCUUGAGCAUAGAGUCCAUAAGACCCGGCUACCGUUUAGAUACUUCCAUCAGAUAAGACGAAAUGUGAAUGGUGACCGAUUGAGAAAUCGAAGGAAUAAAAGAUUUAAGUUUUUCAAGCAUAUAAAAAACUAUUUCCAGGCUGUACCUUUAAAAAACAAUGCCACUCUUAAAACAGAACUGGACCCAACGCAACAGGAAAAUUUAAGGAAAUACUAUACAUUAUUUCCGGUACCAGAUGGAAGUAAAGGUUACGAUAUUAACAAGCGCCCAUUAGAUGCCAAUGAGAAGCACUUGGAUCUUAUAAAUGAGGGGUCAAAUAUGAAUUCCUUAAAACUAACAAAAGAGAAACCGAUAUCAACAUUAAAUGGCAUCCGAAGCAAUGAUCAAAUUAUUAACAUUGGACAUUUGUUUGGAGAAAAUAGCACCAGAGGAUUUGACAAGCAUUUACAAAGCCAUGAAGUAAUACCGACAUUGACCACAAGAGGAAAUAAAUGUAUUCCUUGUAGUCAACUUAUAUUCUCAUCCACCAGUGGUAAUAACACGGAAUUACAUUCGUCAAGUCCUAUGAAUUCCCACCUUAAUCCAGGUAAGUAUCAUUAA